UGUUUUAAACAACAACAAAACGAAUUUAUUGUUAAAUUUUAAUGUUGCUUACGUAAUGAAAAAAUUUUAAGACAUCGCGAACAGAUCGUCUACGUCACUAUUUUCGGUCACGUGACUUACCGUUAGACGCCAUAUUGGCAGUUUAGUGCAGUGCUAGGGGUUAGUGACGUGAGUUUUGUGUUGUUCUCUCGUGUUUUUUGCCCAAAUUAAAUGAGGGAAUUUUGAGAAAAAUGCAAGUUUUCGGCCUUUGAUGUGUCGUUGGGUCGUGUUUGCGUGUCGGCGUAUUUGAAAAUCGCGCGUUGUCAAAGGAUUUUGUUCGGGUAUUUACGAGUGUGACAGACAACCAACACACACAUCAAUUGGCGGCGGUGCAGAUGGUCGUUGUGGUGCCCAUGGACCCAUGGCGGGAAUCUGACGAAUAACUGGGUCUAUGGUGCAUAAAUGGAUAUGGCAGAAGAAGCUGAAAUGGGCGAAAUUGAAGAAAUGCAUUCCAAAGAAGACGAAGAAGUUACAGCAAGCGAUCAAUUACUAAACGGAGACUUGUCAGAAGUGGAAAAUGGCGAAGAGGAGGAGGAGGAAGAAGAAGAAGAAGAAGACAGUCAAAGUAGCAUCAAAAAGGGUCAAACUACUGAUGAUACAGAUUCGAUGGAUGUAGACGAAGAACAGCAAGAACAACAACAAAUCGACUCGCCACCGGACAACAACACAAACAAAAGCGAAAAAGAUGACAAUACGGAACCGGACGAUGGUGAAACGGAAAAGGACGAUGACGAUGGUGAUAGUGUUAAGAGCGAUAGUGACUCUAAAACCAGUGAUAUGAUGGAAAAUGGUAAAAGUGCCGAUGAAGAAGUUCACGAAAUUAUCGACGAUGACGAACCAAUCGAAUUGAACGAUUCGGGUGACGGUGACGGUGAUGGUGAUGUUAUGAUAAUUGAAGAACCCAAAGAAAAUGGUUCAAUGGAAGAGGAAAAAAACGAAUUGGAAGUGAUAGAAUUGGACACCACACCAAUCAAAAAACACAAAGAUUUGACGAUUUUAACGCCACGACGAAGUGUCCGUAAUUUGAACAAGUCGAAGAGUUACGUUGAGAGUGAAAAGGCACAAAAUUCCCACUCUUCGGAGGAGUCGGACAUUGAGGAGGUCCUUCCACAGGAUCCUCUCGCCAUGGGUAACGAUAAAAUCGAAGUGAAGCGUUCAAAACACUCGAAUUCUUCCACGAUUGUUGUGAAAGACACGAAACGAUUAGUUGAGAUCGCGGCCAAAAGUAACUCGAAUAAUUCGGGUAAUAAGAAAGAGCCGACUUUGGUGAUUAUCGACACGAAUUCGAUUCUGUCAGGUCGAGGGCCGGUCCCUGUUAAUAAUAAAUCCUCGUCUUCUUCCAACCAAUAUCCCACUCUUCUCCCAAUGGCACUUCCCGCCCAAGGUAUGUAUCCUCCAAACAUGAGGGCUACCAUCACUCCAAUCCCCCUAAACUCCUCCACAGCCUCCACAACAACACCGCCACCUCCCCCAUUAACUAAAGCGCCCUCAACUUGCAUAAACCCGGCAGCUUUAGCGCCAGUAUUGCCAACACUAACCGACGAUAUGUUCGUGGUGGAAGCGCCCUCUUUUAUCGUACCAUACGUAUACGAAAAACCGCCAGUUUCUGAUUUUAAGGACUUUCUCAAAGAGUUGCGCGAUAAACUCACCGAAGACGACGAUAAAGAAACGACUAAAUCCGAUGAUGAGGCGGCGGCGCCAACAACAACAAAAGAUGAUGAUUUGUUAGAUCCGUUAAAGAAGAAUUAUUCGUAUUUUGAUAGUCCGUUAGGGAAGUUUUUUAUCGAUAUUGGUUUUAAUCUAGUACAAGAGUUUGUACAAGCCGAUAUGUUGCGACAACAAAAGAAGAAGCGAGAUCGUGAAGGUGGGCAAAAUCCAGCAACUAAUAAAACAAUACAUUCAUUAAUGAAAAAUCUCGAGUUUACGAAAGAAAGUAAUGAACCGUUCCGAACAACAAUGAAGAAAUGUGAAUUUUGUAAUUUUAAAACUGAAUCACAGUUGGUGAUGGCGUAUCAUUUGGAGACACCACAUACGAAGAAUUAUGUCUACAAGUGCAAUUUUUGUACUUAUGAGGCUCGCAGCCCCCACGAUAUCCUCUUCCACAUGGAGGCCGAGCACGCAGUCCGCGGUCGGCUCGAACGCGCCCCCUCAUUCCAUCAGUGCCCGAAUUGUCCAUUUGAGGACAAUCAAAAGGGUAAAUUAUCGCGUCAUCUGGUGGCAUGUAUGCGUAAAUUCAAACCGGAACGAAAUUUGGAUCCGCCAAUUGAUUGGGAACCACCAGCGAAAAUACCGAGAGUGCCUAAGGCCCGUCAGGGAAUCAAUGUGUCCGCAUAUCAAGCGAUGAAAUCGUCACAAUUGCAAUUUUUGUCCAAGAUGCAAUUAUUGAAUACGAAUUCAUCGUCAACAUCGCAAGCCUUACAUCGUGGUAGAGGAAGACCAUCGUUGGGUUCAACAUCCAUUAAACAAUCAAUGAUCAGGCCUUCGGGAAUGGUUUAUAAACAAACGAUGAGCGGUGGAUCGGUUUUGGUGCCGACUAAUUAUCAAGUCAGCGGAAAUCAGGUGUAUCAGGUGGUGGGUGGACAGGAGUUGGGUGGUCGACUAGGUCAUCCUGGUAUGGCUUUUGUCCCCAACAUACCUUCCGCCUCUAGCACAGUCACGAUUCAGAACCAAUCAAAGAACAAGUCUGUCCAUCAGCCAAGCAUUUCGAUAACACCACUACCUCGCGCCUCCGCCUCUCCCAAUUCAAAUCUGACAUCCAAACCGGGUGAUACGAACUCAAAGAAUUCGUUCGUUAUUUGUGAGAUCUGUGAUGGUUACAUUAAAGAUUUAGAACAAUUGAGAAAUCACAUGCAAUGGAUACAUAAAGUCAAAAUACAUCCGAAAAUGAUUUAUAAUCGGCCGCCUCUCAACUGCCAAAAGUGCCAAUUUAGAUUUUUCACCGAUCAAGGCUUGGAACGACAUCUUUUAGGAUCGCACGGUUUGGUGACGUCAAGUAUGCAAGAUGCAGCCAAUAAGAGUAAAGAUGCUGGAAGGUGUCCGGUGUGUGGACGGGUUUAUCAAUGGAAAUUGUUGAAUCACGUGGCCCGUGACCACAGUAUGACCCUAAAACCGGCCCAUCUUUCAUACAAAUGCACCGUUUGCACAGCCACCUUUGGCAUGUACAAACAAUUCGAAAAUCAUGUUUAUUCGGCUCACAGUGUCGUUGCAAAACGUGUAAUGGAUAAGAAAAACUCAUCAUCGAGCAAAAACGAUCAAAUGAUGAAACCAUUGAAGAUCAACGAUGAAAUUACGAUAAUUCCACAACCGGCAAAGGUGGCUGCGAAAGAAGGGAGUCCUUCGUCAUCAACAGGGUCAACAAACUCGCGCAAUAGCACUCCGAGUACUAGCAAAAAUGCUGAUUCCACAAACGCAUCAAGUGAUGCAAAGGGCGCGGAAUAAACAAACAAACAAACGUCUUGUGGUUGGUGUGUGUGAACGGUUAUAACUUUAAAAAAUAAAAUAAAUCAUGGACCAAGCGGUUUCACUGUGAGACAUGCUGUCGUAACAUGUAUUUGCAUAAUAUUCUCUAUUUAUUAUUGUAAAAAAUAUAAAGUAAAAAAUUUGAUUUUCAUAUGGUAUAGGAUAGACCGAAUCUAAGUAAUGUUGCUGCACUUGCAAAGAAGACUAAAGAAUAGAUUAGAGUUAUGAUAUACAUACAUGUGUUUCUUUAGUUUUUACUUUAUGAAAAUAAAUGAUUUUAAUGUUUGUGACAUAAACUCUCACAUGUUGUAUUUAUUUUUAUAUACCAUUUUGUUGAUUAUCAGUUCUCAAAUAAACCGUAGUGUUAUUCUUUUGAGUA